CUGUCAAGCAACGUGUAUUUGAUCAGACCAUGAAAUUCCGAUACGCCAUGGUUUGUUCAUCGAACCAGAACCGUAGCAUGGAGGCCCACUGUCUCCUCAAGAAGCAGGGUUUCGACGUCUCCUCCUACGGGACAGGGGCUCACGUUAAGCUCCCUGGACCCUCUCUCAGAGAACCCAACGUCUACGAGUUCGGCACCCCUUACAAACACAUGUUCGAAGACCUCCGCCGCAAAGAUCCUGACCUGUAUAAGCGGAAUGGGAUAUUGCCGAUGCUUAAAAGAAACUUGAGUGUGAAACUAGCGCCCCAACGUUGGCAAGACAAUGCAGCUGAUGGUUAUUUUGACAUCGUUUUUACUUUCGAAGAGAAGGUUUUCGACAUGGUUCUUGAAGAUCUGCACAACCGGGAUCAAGUUCUCUUGAAAAGUGUGUUGGUGAUCAAUUUAGAGGUUAAAGAUAAUCAUGAGGAAGCUGCUGUUGGAGCCCGUCUUGCUUUAGAUCUUUGUGAACAGAUCGAAGCUGUUGAGUCGUGGGAGGACUCGGUUGAUGAUAUUAUGAUUUCUUUCGAGAACAAACACCAUAGGAAGCUGAUGUAUAGCAUCUCUUUCUACUGAAGGAUUAGUUUGAGAGCAUGAUCAUGAAAGAAUCGGGAUCACAAUCUAUAUAUAUGGUGCUCAUACCGAAUCCUAUAGAGAACGAGCCUUGUAACCUCAUCG